ACCCCUCUAGAAUCCUACACUCCUUGACAUGUCCACAAAACAAACCUCUCCCCACUCACCCCGUCGAAUCUCACCCCGAUGAGCUCCUUCUCCUACCACCUUUACCAAAAUGACCAAAAUGCCCCCGUCUCCGUCCCAAUCCAGUCCCCCUCGACCCCAACACUAACCCCAGUCCCAAUCCAUUACCCGACCUCGAUCCUCACUUCCGCCGCCACCAAGAUCCAAUCCCGCUACCGCUCUCACCUCAUCCGAACCCUGCUCCUCAAAAUCCGCUCGGUUAACUCCCAAACCGAUCGAUUCCAGCGCUUGAUCCAGCAGCAAGAAACGGUGGACUCCGUUCGCAGCAGCGAGAGGGAGAGGAUCAAGUUGAACGAGGAGCUGAUGGCGCUUCUGCUGAAGCUGGAUUCUGUGCCUGGGUGCUUUGAUCCUAAUGUGAGGGAGCUGAGGAGGAGGGCUAGCCGUCGGAUCGUGGAGCUGCAGGAGAUUCUUGAUGGGGUUGUAGGGGAGAAGGUUGACGAUGUGGGGUUUGAGAGCUUGCCGAGGAGUUGGGGGGAAUUAUUGGAGAAGGUUUGGGCAAAAGAGGAAAAUGAGAGGGGAGAUGUUAGGAGAGGUAAGGGAUGCUUCUGUUGCAAGGGGAUGAGGUGCUUGGAGGAGCUUGUUAGGGAGAUGUGAAGGAUGUGAGGAAUGAGGUGCUUUUGGGAAAUUUGGUUGGUGAAAAUGCAUGUGGUUACUCAUAGUAAAUGUAAGUUUUUAUAGAUAGAUAUUGACUAAUUAUGUAAAUCCUUUACUCCCUGUUUGGAUUGAGGGUAGAGAAGGUAAGGGGAAGGGAAAUUUUUGUUUACCUUUGUUUGAGAGUUCCAUUGAGAAGGCUAGAAGAGGGGAAUGUGGGGGAAAUUUGAACUAAAAUUUUAGCACCCAAAUUGGGGGGUAAAGGAGGGGAAGGGAAGGAAGGAAAAAAUUUCCCUUCCUUCCCUUGCCUUAGUCAUCUCCCAAACACAUCAUUAGUAUAAUGACGCCUUAAUGUUGAAUAUUGAGGGGAACCAAUUAUUUAAUUGAAAUAAGAUGCAUAUAAUGUCAAGGAAAAACUUUUAAUGGUUCAUAUUGGACUGAUCGCAUUAAUGA